UAAAAAAUCGAAAAUAAUGCUGCAUGCCAGAUUGAACGGGGAUCCAGAUAGUCCAUGCCCCCAGCUCCACGCACAUCUUGCUGGGUUUACCGUACAGUACUCAACCAGCUACUGAUACUCAACCCCCCUGAUCACGAAACGGGACUGUUUUUGUGAAACUAUUUUAGUUUCAAGGAAAUUUCCAGUGAAACUCGUGUUCCCAAGCAAAGCCUUGCUUGGCUGCUGCUAUCAUGGUUUGGGGAGCGAUCUGAUCCGACUUCCUACUAUGCAUACUGCUUGUACUAGUAUGCCUUGAGCCAUACUUGCAUGAUUUCCACCUCCACCCUCUUCUUUCUCAAUUGCCAGAACAUAAAUAGAAACUACUGAGCAGCGAAUUAGAUUGUUAGCUUGGUGAGCUAGUAGCCAGUAAAAAGUGGCGAGUGGACAUUCCAAUUGUUCCGAAGCUAGUACUAUCGUCCCCUUUUCUUGUUGCUCUGUUGCUCUGUUGCUCUGUUUGCUCCAUGUGAGAUGGCCUCAAUCGCCGUUACCGCCUGUACCUGGUAUCGCUGUAUCGGUACGGAUUGGUACCGGUAUCGGUGCUUGUGCUGCUUCUACCAGGUAGACUGCGUGCACUGAGCAAGAGCGACCUACUGGCUACCACGCCAUCAACAACAUCCUUCUUGGAAAUCAGCGGCGACUUGAUGCGGAAGCUAUGUUCAUACUGUAGGUAUCGUCGUACAUGUUUACGAUCUACGAUCAUAGCCUACCGGUACGAUUCGGCAAAAAAUGACGGAUUAAGUAAAUUUACACUUCUAAAAAUUGAAUUUAUUACUCUGAGCUGUCUGGUUUUCAGCUGUUUUUGCCCUGUUCUGGCUGGUUUCUCGUACUCAUUCCUGGGUAUUCUCGGCAACUGACAAUAAAGCCUGGUUUGGCCUGUUGACAAUCUAUUUACUGCUUGAGAUCUGCGUUAAAUCAUUUUACUUCAAAGCCAGAUUUAUGAAUAUUUAUUUGUAAGAGAACCUCAAAUCCUACAAAAAGAGCGCAGUGAAGGAUCACUAGGGAAGCCCUUCAUCAACGCAUUAGUCUAAUUAAUUCCAGUGUUUCAGUGUUUCCAUCGUGCAUCGUACCGUACACGUACAAUACUUACUACUGAGUAGCUAGAACGUUCUAUUACAUACAUGUACCUCCGUUGAGGGUCUUCAGUCUGGAGGAGUCGAGUCGAGCCGAGCCGAGUCGAGCAGCAUCCACACCCAAGAAGCAAGGAGAGCUCAAUUAUUUAAUUGAUCGAGGAGACAAGGCAAGGCGGCAAAAGGCGCAGGAGAAAGCAGAUACAGGAGAAAUAACGAAAUAACAACCCGUGCUAACGAUUUUGGUGAUCUGAAAGCUUCUUCCUCCGCCCCAAAACCUUACCGGUAUUGAUACCGGUAUCACCAAAACAACCUGAUCAGAUUGCCACUCUUCGGUCUCAUAAUCGCAGUUUGGUUUCAAUAGAAAUCUAGAAAUCUAGAGCUAUUGCGUCGAGAAACACGACAAACAAAAAGCUCACAAUGACCAUUGUGUCAAUGAACACCGACAUUAGUUCUUCCUUGCAUCGCUACGACGGGUCGACGAACUCCCAGGUUCUAAAGAAUAUUCCGAAGAGUGGCGUUCAGGCGUCUGAAAUGGAUACCCAACAGAAGCUGGGAGAAAUUGUCAAGAUGAUGAAGGGUUCCGCUCCUGAGGUCGAGGAACUCGACCAUCAUCUUCAAGUGGGAGAGCUGCAAAAGAUAUCUUCCAUGAUCCCUGCAGGGGUUAAGGAUGCAUUUGCCCAAGCAAAGAGGGAAAGCAGCGGAGCUAAGCAGCAGAUGCAGCGCAGCGAGUCGCUCCGAGAUGCCAUGCUGCAACGUGAAGAGUCCAAGCGAAAGUUGAACCAGAUCUGCAAAGUCCUGUCGGGUCCCUCCGAUAGUGCCGAGAAGGAUCACGAAGACGAAGAAGAGGCAUCGCAUUUGGAAGUGGGAGAGCUGCAAAGGCUCUCUUCUCUUCUUCCUUCUGGAAUGGCCAACGCCUUGGAGCAGACCAAGCGAGACAGUGACGUGGCAAAGAAGCGCGAGAGUGGGGGUUCCAGGAGGGGUAAGAGUCGCUCCACAGACAAGCGCAUUAAGGAGUUUGAUGCAUCUGACAUUGAUGAAGAUAGCGAUGUCACUGACACGGACGAGCUUGGCUCCUCCAGCCAUCAUAGUACCUCUUCGUCCCGACGCUCUUCUUCCCAACGCCGAAGAAAAGGAGAGAGCAGCCGCAAGAGCCGAUCCCCUCGUCGCAAGGAAGGUGAUGUGGGAAAAAGUGGGGAAGCGACGAGGUCCUCCAGCAGGUGUAGAGAGAGAAGCCGCAGCAGCAAGCGAAAUCCUCGUCGAAGUCCAAAUGGUGCUGUGGAUAAGAAUGGGGACGAACGCAGAGAGCGAAGUAGGCACAAUCGAUCACUUCUCGGAGACGAAAGCGAUCGGAACAAAAGCCCUGAUGAAGAGCAAUCCGGGUCCUCGGGAAGGCAGCGCCAUGCUGAGAGGAAGAGGGGGGCGGAGAGGAGUCGCAGCAAGAAGGCUUCACCACGCCGUGGUGUCACGGACAAUACAAAAGACGAGAAACCAUCCCGUGCAGGCAAAGGGGUUUCUCGCUCAUUGUCGGCCCCUCGUUCGAAUGUCAACGACGAGAAAAAGAAGACGCCCCGUCAGCGUGUUCGCAGGACGGGCAGCACAAAUCCCAAGGCCGAAAUGGAACGACACCGUGAGAAAGAGGACAGCAACGAGAAUGCGGAACCCAAACAGCGCUUGUCCGGGUCAAGGGUACGCAGGCAUAGGAGUGGUGAGGGACUACAUCGUACCAAGGCACAAGAAGAUCGUCAUGGUAGGCGCCGGGUGGAUAAGUCCCGGGGUGGACGCUCGCGAGGAGGAGGAAAGGGACGGUACGCAACCGGCACCGACCUGGGACAGAUGCAACUGCAGCAAGCGAUCCAACAGCGGGAAUCUGAUGAGGAUGCCGAUGAUUCAGAGGAGCUGGAUGAGGCCAAAGAGGAAGAACCUGCGGCUGAACCCGAGGAGGAAACGAAGGAAGAGGAGGAAAGUAAGGAGUCGGUGGUAGCUGCAGCCCUCUUUGCCCCGGCGAAGCUGGCAGCUGGUUUUGCGUUGACUGCCUCUAGAGCUGCAACAACUGUAGCCUCGACAGCUGGCAAUACGGCCUUCACCGUGGCGUCAACCGCCGGAAAUACGGCCUUCACCGUGGCCUCCUCCGCUGGUAAUACUGCCUUCAACGUGGCCUCGACUGCCGGAAACACCGCUCUCAAUGUUGCUUCAACUGCUGGGAACACUGCAAUAAAUACCGCCACCCAGACGGCCAAUUUGGCUUUGGGUGUUGGCGAUGGACACGCUCCACUUAAUCGAAGUGAUGAGAGUGCUCUCGCAGCUUGAGCAUUCAUCGGCCCUCGAUUCUCCUCCCGAGACCACACACAAGUCUUGUUGACGUGCUCCCAUUUCAUAUGCUGCCUUCUAUUCUUUGUGGUUCACCACAGUACUACUAUGCGUAGUCAUCUGUUGGAGUUCACUAGAUAGAUACUAAUAAUUAUGUAUUGCAAAAAGAUGAAUUUGAUU